AUGCGCGCCGUAGCCUCAUCGUUGAGCUGGAUCCUCUGCACCGCUCCCGUCGCCGCCUCGGCCACGACUUGCAAGUUCCUCGUGACCCCGGCGCCAAGUGCAUCGUACUUCGUACCCGUCCUCCAUCCAGCACCCUACACACGCUAUACGGCGUCAGGCUAUGACUUUUUGCCGAAAAUAAAAAGGAUAAAAACCGGUAUCCGGUAA